CAAAACUAUAAUAUCCAUUCUACCGAAUGUAUCACACCUUUCCGUACACCUUUGCCGUGAAUGUAUCAUCAGCCGUACGCCUUUGCGUGAUGGUGGUAUUUAUGUACUUAUGAGGCCUGUGGUCGGAGGUGCGUGGGGUUGCGGCGGCGGUCGCUCAGAAAAAGAGUCCGUCCUCCUGUGAUGUCCUGCUUGUCGCUUGUUUUCUGAGGUAUCUCCAGCCAAUCCUGCAUAGCUCAAAAGCUUAUUUCGCUUGCCGAAAGCAUUCAAUCACUUACGCCAGCGACGGCGGUUUUAAAGACAUCAAAGUAAUAUCAAGUAAUCGCUCUUCAACAAACCAAACAGGUCAUGACGGCUGCCCACAACGCCUGCUCCUCCCUCUCCGCCUCGCCCGGCAUCGAGCCCAUCCCAGGCUCCCUGCAAGGCUGCGGGAUUCCACCGGCGCACACAUACCCCGCUUGGACGCCCAACCCCGCCGCUAAUGUUAACGCCGUUGCGUUUGCUGUUUUCUUGGUGGCGCUUUCUGCAUGGUGGUGUCUGAGGAAGGGGCGGGAGGCUGCUUCUGGGAAGAUUGUUGAGGAAGGUAUUGACGGAGGCGUAACUGUUGACGAGGAGUUGCCAGCAUCAGGAUCGACCGCUGAGGCACCUCCGUGCACAUCUGCGGCAUUUCCUGUCCUCUCUCCCAAGAUCAUCGCAACACUCGACGAUGCAUUGCAUAAAGUCGCUGCCUCGCCGCUCGUCAAUGCUUUACACGACUUGAUUGAUCGGGAUGGUGCUGGUACAUGGCCUCCUGAAGCCCUGAAUCCGUUCAGCCCGCAACACGCGGAUGAGUAUCCAGAGGUUUUCCGCCCAUACUUUGAACUCGCGAACGAGGUACCUCCCCGCCUAGCCGUGGAGCAUCCCGACCUCGACGACAAAGUCAACCUCGCAAAAAUCCGCGCAUUCCGCACAUGGAUGGACAAUCGCCUCACCUCCGACAUCCCCGACCUCGAAGCCGUCCUAACCACAUUGCAGUCCCUACGCACCAUCGCCGAAACCGACCCGCUCAACGGCGACAGAGAACUGAUCUACACCACCCGCCGCAUCCUCAACUUCAUCCUCAGCACCCUCACCUGGCUCGCCCACGCAUACAGAUGGGGCACCAUCCCCAUCGUGCGUAUCGCCCAAGCCGAGAAGACCCUCGAGAUCCCACAACAGCUGUUGGUCCCCGUAAGGUACCUGCACACGCAGUACUAUGGACUGGGCGAGCAGGUCGCGGGGACGCUGUUUGCGUUGCUGUACUGCAAUGUUGAAAAGACUGCGGGUGGGGACGGGGAGAUUGUGCACUGGACGACGAGGGAGUUGCCGCGGGUGUGUAGUAGUGCGGAGAGAUUUCAUGUGCUUACGCCGUGGGAGAUGGAGAAGAGGGCCCUCGCAAUGUACCGGUCUUUCGCCCUCGCCGCCGCCUGCCUCCACACGCGCGACACUAUCGGGUGUCUGGUCCAUCUCCGACGCGCCAACGCCGCGUUAAGAGUCGCGUUCAAGCAUUUCUAUACCCAUAUCACCGAAAAGCACAUCUCGCGCAAGACGUGGCUGAGCCAUGCGCAGGGGUUUGAGGGGUGGUCGCUUGAUGGGGUUGAGGGCGUAUCAGGGAACCAAGCCCUCAUCAUCCGCGUCCUCGACGCCUUCCUGUCGCUCCCGGACGGCGCGGAUGCCCCAGCGCACUUACUCGCCACACCCAUCCACCUCACCCACCGCGAUCGGCAGUUCACCGCGGCACUCCGCGGAACCAACUGCCGGCAUACCUGUGCGGCACUAGCGGCGCUAGUCGAAGACGUGGGCGUCCAACCCAUACCGGGGGAUGAACUGGACGUGCUUGUUGCGCGAUGGGAGGGUACAGAGAUGGACGGCCAUAACCCACUGCCGUUGGGCACGACCGACGACGCCCUGACCCAACUCCGCGUCGCCCCGUACCUCCACGCCGAAUUCACCCGCCUCACCACAACCCUGCGCACCUGGCGGUCCGCCCACGCCACCAACGUCGUCAAAUACGAGAGUGUACCGCGGCCGGAGCGGACGGUGUACACCGCGGGUGGGGGCCACGUCGAUGAGGACAAGUACGGGGAUGGGGUGGGGACCGCUGCGGAUGAUGGGGAGGGGGAGGAUGAACGGCAGAGGAAGGCUGUGGAGGCGUUUGUGGGGCGGUUGAGGGCGAGAGUGAGGCAGACUGUGUAGGGGGAGUUGUUGCGUGCUCGCGUAUCGGGGGGCGGUGGAGGGACGAUGGGAAGGCACAAGCUGGUAUUGUGCUUCUUGGACAUUUUCACAGAUAUAGAAGGAAUCGUUCGCGGCUUCCUCGUAGGGUAGAAUCGCAUAGUAUGUAGAUAAUCUGAAUCUGUUCUGGGAUCAUUGUUAGCACUAUGAUAUUCUGUUUCAUCACGCCCGUGGAAGCACUGAUGUGGUGUGCAGUGUUGAGGAGAUGCUCUUCUCUGAA